GACACCGGCACCUCAUCAGCCACACUCCCCGGUGAGAGACGAGCGAGUGCCGGACCCCGAGCUCUGUUUUGAUCCGUCACGUUUUAAUCAGAGAUUUUAAUCAGACUCGUUCUUCUCCACUGGAGCAAUAUUAAUUUUUAAAAAUCCCCGACACCAUGUGGAAGAGCCGCUCACAAACCACCAUCGACUUCCCGAAGAAGAAGUUCCAUCGGUGCCGCGCGGAGAGUCAGAAGACGAGUCAAGAAUCGCCGCCGACAGAGAGAAACCUGCCCCUCAGCCCCCGCAAACGCCUGGGCGUUGAGAACCUGUGUAACGUGCCCCAGCCUCUGCAGUGCUCACCAACAAAACGCAAGAAGGAAAAUCAGCCCAUCAUUCGAUCAUCCCCCCGAGGCCGGAAAUUGGAAUUUGGUGAGAAUCUGUUAAACCAGGCAGCAUGUUCCCCAGAAAAGCAUGAACCACUUGCUGCCAGUAACUCACCAGAGCGAACAGCAGGUUCUCUCAGCAAGGGGGACGAGACGCCAUGUUCAGAAAGCUUCCUUCGAGCACUGAAAUCUCCUGAUGUGAGGAAUUUAAAACAGCAAGGUACGUGUUAUCAACAGAUCAAGCAGGUAUUGAACACCACCAUCCCAGAGCGCCUUCUAGCACGUGAGAAUGAGACUGAGGCCAUCUCUCAGUUUAUAUUGGAUCACAUCUGUGAGGAAAAGCCAGGGAGUCUGUACAUUUCAGGAGCACCAGGCACAGGAAAAACAGCAUGUGUGGAGCGAACUAUAGAGGAUGUGAAGAGGAAACUUGGGGGCACAGUAAUCAUUUCCAUUAACUGUAUGUCACUGAGGAACUCGCAGGCCAUUUUUUGUUCCAUCGUGGACCAUCUGUUUGGAAAAGGGAAACUCAAAUGCGUAAGAAAAGAUUUUCCAAAGAAACUGGAAAAAAAACUCACCAGCACGGGCCCAAUGGUCCUGUUGAUACUGGAUGAGAUGGAUCAGCUGGGCAGUAAGGCUCAGGAUGUCCUCUACAGGCUAUUUGAGUGGCCAUGGCUCAACAACUCGAGGCUUGUGCUAAUUGGAAUUGCAAACGCGUUGGAUCUGACAGACAGGAUCCUGCCCCGACUUCAAGCCCGGCCCAAGUGUAAACCUCAGCUCCUGAAUUUUGCUCCUUACACCAGGGAGCAGAUUGUGGCCAUUGUACAGGACAGACAGAAUCAGGUUUCUGGGGAGAAGGUCUUGGAUCCUGUUGCCAUUCAGUUCUGUGCUUGCAAAGUUUCGUCAGUGUCUGGAGAUGCUCGCAAAGCCUUGGACAUGUGCAGGCGUGCUGUGGAGAUUGUGGAGUCAAAUGUUCGGAGCCAGACUGCAGCAAAGCCAGUGCUGGAACCUGAAUCACCAGUGAAGGCUGCUCAGUCCCCAGGCCUAAAGAAGGUGGGAUUGCUGCACAUAUCCCAGGUCAUUUCCGAAGUGUAUGGUGACCGGAUGAAAUCCAGCUCCAGGUCUGAUGAGUGCUUUCCUCUACAGCAGAAGCUGCUGGUCUGCUCACUGCUUCUCCUGACCAGGCAGUCAAAGGUGAAGGAGGUCAUGCUUGGGAAGCUCCACGACACGUACAGUAAAGUUUGCAGGAAGCAUCAGAUGUCUGCCGUGGAUCAGUCAGAAUGUUUGUCACUCUGCAGCCUCCUGGAAUCCAGGGGAAUUGUGUUGCUCAAGCGAUCGAAAGAAGCUCGACUCACAAAGGUAGCCCUGAAAAUUGAGGAGAAGGAUGUUGAACAUGCUCUUCAUGACAAAGCGUUGAUGGGAAGCAUUUUGCAAAGAGGUCUUCCUUGAGAGUGUUUAAAGUGUAUACAUUUUUAAAGGGGUUUUAAUGAUUACUAUUGCCUUAACACUCCAUUGACAGCCAUAGCGAAACUACCUGAAAUGGCGAAGUCAGGGGAUAAGUUCAAGUGGAAUUUUAGAUCUUAAAUGGGAUGGUCCAUUUUAAGUCACUGCUUUUCCACCAGCUUAUGGUGGAGCAGCGAAUGCCAGUCAAAGUAUAUCUUAAUUAAUAUGGUGACACCUUGUGCAGACUUCCUUUCAUCUUUGAGAAGUCUUUCUGAGAUGGGUCACUCCAUGACACCCCCAUCACAUUGGGACCCUAUGUCUAAUUGGAGCGCUUCUUUUAAAAAAAAAUAGGAGUUAUACAAGCGGCUUUACUUCUCAGUGACUUCUCCUAAAUCAAGGCUUUCCAAACUCAGGGUUGCGACCCCCAGUAAGGUCAGGAGAUGAAAUUUUGGGUUCAGAAGCUCUGCAGCGGCAGUGACUGUCACAGAGCGCUGACUGAAGCUUAACAGCCGCGAGACCCCUUUAAAUCCUUGUGUUUCUGUUUAAAAUGGUGGGCGUGGCCUGAAUGGCAGCUGCCCUUGGCCUGAUUUCUGUGUUCCAGAAAACUAAUGUACAUGGCAAUCUUACAACCAGAAAACUGACUGAAAAGGCAAGUUUAUAAAAACAUGAAGAUUAAAAAGUGGUUC